GGUGAGGAGGCCAGUCAAGUCUGCUGCAGCAGCCGUGUCGCGUUGGAAAUUGGACUAUCCAGCAAGGGGCGCUAGCCUCUCGCUGCCGCUCUCCUUGACUUCCCUUGGCAGGAGAUCAAUGUUUUUUUCAAUAGGAGCGCAGCCGCAGUGGGCUUCAUCCAAGAUAUUUAGAAAGGAAAUUCUCUAGCAGUGUGCACUACUAAACUCCGUGUCUGUUAUCUCGAUCCAGAAAAACGUUACAUUUGUUUACAUUACAACUAAGGUACGAAUAUGGCGACGGUGGGGUCGGAGCCCCAACCGCAUUCUCAACUCGCUUCGGGUAUUGUCCAAACUAACAUGAACAGUUUGGGAUGCAGUAAUCUGCCGCUGAACCGGGGUCUGGAAAGAGCUUUGGAAGAAGCUGCCAACUCUGGGCUUUUGAACCUCAGUGCGAGAAAACUGAAAGAAUUCCCGAGGACAGCCUUAAACCACGAUCUCACUGAUACAGUCCAGGCAGACCUGUCCAAGAACCGCUUGACUGAAGUUCCAGUGGAAGUGUGCCAUUUCGUCUCGUUGGAGAUAUUGAAUUUGUAUCACAACUGUGUUAAAGUCAUUCCGGAUGCCAUUGUCAGUUUGCAUAUGCUGACAUACUUAAACCUGAGCCGAAAUCAGCUCUCUGCUUUGCCAGCUUGCCUGUGUGGUCUUCCUCUGAAAGUCCUAAUAGCAAGCAACAACAAGCUGGGGGCCCUGCCAGAAGAAAUCGGACAGUUAAAGCAGUUGAUGGAAUUGGACAUCAGCUGUAAUGAAGUCACGGCUCUGCCCCAGCAGAUUGGGCAGCUGAAGGCACUUCGAGAGCUCAAUGUCAGGAGGAAUUACCUCAGCGUUUUACCGGAGGAUCUAGUGAGUCUACCGUUGGUCAAGCUUGACUUUUCUUGCAAUAAAGUAGCAGUGAUUCCAGUCUGCUACAGGAAGAUGAGCCGCCUGCAGACUCUACAGCUGGACAACAACCCUCUGCAGUCUCCCCCUGCACAGAUCUGUAUAAAGGGAAAGGUGCACAUAUUCAAGUACCUGCACAUGGAAGCCUGCAGGAUUGACAAGACUGUGGACUCGCUGUAUCUGCCAGUCAUAGGGAGGCUCAGCUUGUCCCAGCCAGCGGCCGGGAGCAUUGAAGAUAUUGAUCAAAACAGAAAGCAGGACACCGAUUCUGGACUCGGCAGCGAUAAUGGAGAUAAGCGCUUAUCUGCAACAGAGCCUUCAGAUGAAGAUACUGUCAGCCUCAACGCACCAAUGUCAAACAUCACAGAGGAAGAGAGCUUUAGUAAAGAGGACUCUAGUGAGCAUAUGAACCCAUUUAAAGAGGAGUCUGAUCAAGAGUCUGUAAAAUUGAUUGAAAACAAUAACCCUGAAGAGAACCCGCAGGACAAGUUUGUGUAUGGGGGGCCUGGUCUCAGCACUCCCUUUGUGACCUACAUGAAGGGGAGGGCAGCUGAGUUUGACGAACCUCUCAGAAUAGAAGAAGACACAAGCUGGGCUACGGAGCCAAUGACAAAUCCACCCGAUAAUCAAGAGAUCCACAUAGAGAUGAUCAACCAGCUCCGAGAGGCAGUGGAAUUAUUACAAGAUCCAAACAGAUUGAACAUGAAUACUGAGGACAGCACAGGAGUCCAGUUAUACCCUGUCCAUACCGUUACCACAGAGAAUUUAAACUCGUCUGUAAAUGGUCAAACAUACCAAGACGUGUCUAUGACUCCCACGAGAAAAAGUAUUGGUGGAGAGCUUGAGUUCCAGAAGAAGAGGGAAUUGAUUCUAGGAAAAGCCAGGGUUGAGGCCCAGCUUGCAUGCCAGCGGUUUGAGCGACAAAUGUCAAACCAGAGUAAUUCAAAGACCCUAGAAGGACAGAAUGAUGUGAGAAGAGCCUCUGUGGAUGGGGGUGAAGACAAAACUCCAGCUUCUUCUCCCACUGCAAACACUCCUUUUGGCUUGAAGCCUCGAUCUGACCAGUCCCUCCCUUCCUCUCCUCCUCCAUCUUUCUGCCCUCUUACACAGGCCCUGGCAGGGGAUAACACCAGCCUCACUACCCCAACAGAAGGAGGCAUGACAAACAGUGUAUUUUUAAGGACACCAAGAAAAUUAGAGUCCAUGGAUCCUCAGUUUACAAUCCGCAGGAAGAUGGAACAAAUGAGAGAAGAACUGGAUCUCAUGGAUCAGCUCCGUGAGAACAUCGAGAGCAGGUUGAAGGUGGUUUUACCCGUGGACCUGGGAUCGUCGCUGAUGGACGGGGUAGUUCUUUGCCACUUAGUCAAUCACAUUCGCCCCCGAUCGGUGGUCAGCAUACACGUCCCUUCACCGGCAGUGCCUAAACUAAGCAUGGCCAAAUGCCGGAGGAACGUGGAAAAUUUCCUGGAUGCUUGCAGAAAGAUGGGAGUACCAGAGGCUGACCUCUGUACUCCCUACGACAUCCUGCAGUCGGACAUCCGCCAUAUUCAAAAGACUGUGUGUGCCCUGCUGGCACGCGGGGACACGAGCACACAGCCUCCUCCAGCCCCGCGCCCCUGGGACUUCUUUGGCUUCGGCCUCUUAAACUUGUUUUGUCUAGUCCUGCUGUUUGUCGCUUACAACUGGAGCGUACUAAUUUAACCUGGUUUGCAUAUUGUUUUUCAUUCUGAACACACAACACACUUUGCAGGUAUUUUAUUGUUCCCUUAGCGGUGCAACAUCUUUUCAACGACUAGUCCCUCUCUGUGGUGGUAAUCUGCAGACCAUGUUCAAUUUCUGGGGCACCAUUAGAAAUUCAGCUGCUGUGUGUUAUUCCAGACUCUCUGUAGGAUCUAAUGAAUUCACUCCCUGUUGUCUCUGUUGUUUCUGCUCUUUAGAAUUAGCACUGCUGUGGUCACAGAUAGUUGGGAGAGUUCCUGGAUUUAAUUGGCUUUAGUUUUAUUAGAUCUUAAUUUCUUUAAUUGGGAAGGUUUUUUGAAUUAUUGUUGUUGUAAUUGGUAUGUAUUUACAAGUCCCAGUUAUUUUAGUGCUGUCAGUGAUAGAGAUAGCCCAAUCAUUCAUGUUUUUGUACCACUUCUCAUAAGUAAAACACCCCUAGAUUUAUUAGAUUUAAAAUUGUUAAGCUGACGAGAUACAUUGUUACUUUUCUUGACUAACUGGAGAUAUUUAUAUACAAAGGAAGAAUCGAUUUCUGUAUGUAAACCACUUGUUUUUUGAGUUGUGUGUGUCUUGAAGAUUGUUGUUUUCUGCAAACAAAUCCCAGGGCCUGUGGCAUUUCAAAAGCAGGACAAUAUAUUAUAGCACUAAAAGAGUUAGACUAGAUUAAUGAACCCUCCUAACUCAAUGCUGGGAUAUGAUCAAAGACCUGCUGUGAAGGUAAAUAGAACCACAUCUUCAGCCAGCUCUAAAUUCCCUCCCUAGCUAGACUGCCUGAAGGGUUAAACUAUGCACAGUCCUCUUUACCUUUGUACCUUGCAGCACUUGUAUUUUUGAAGAUAAAAUGGCUGUUGUUAUGAAUGGUGCAUCUUAGCAGCCCUAAAGCCUGGACAAUUACAAAGUUAAACAGUGCAGGAGUUUUCACCAUGUCAGCUUCGUAUAUAUAUAUAUUUUUAACUAGUCAUAGUAUUUUUAGUACUAACGAAUAUUCACCUUGCAUUGAGAAUAUAUACUGACAAUCCAUUACCAAUAAGAUACAUGUACUUUCGUAAUACUUGAAUAUGCAACUAUGUAUAUAUAACAUUACAUCUCUUUAUAGUUUCUUUAUAUUUAGUGUAGUGGUGGUAAAAUAAAAAAAGAUUAAAAGUACAAUUAAAAUGCUGUCUUCUACUUUUGAAUUCAUGUUGGAUUAAAGCUGACCAUAGAGUAUAGACAAAAGUAGCCUGAAGCUACCAGCCAGUUGAAAGCCAAGUAGAUUUUAUAGAAUAUACAGUACAGGCUAGGGCCAAAGUAGAACACUGUUGAAAAACUCAUCGCCUGUAUAACAAACCUCCUGUCCAUUUGACCAUUCACAUGACCACUGGGCUUACCAGUUCUGACACCUUUAGACUUUCUCAAGGAUAAUUCGGUAGUGUACAUUAGCCAUCCUAGGAGUCUCUUGAUGGACUGAAGGCAAACGGAGGAGCUGAAUGUCCUAAACUUACCGCAGGAAUCCUGCAAAACCUCCUCAACAAUUGAUAUGUGGAAUUAUGUCACCCUGGUCACUAUUCACAAAGCUUUACCACAUGAGUUAUUUAAAGACUAUAAUACAGAUAUUCAUCUAACUGUUCUAGGUCAUUUUUUUUUCUUGUUUUUAACUGUCAAACAUAGUUUCAUGAUUAUAAAAUAUUAUUUUAUUAAUAAGAUGAGGCUAUGGAAACCCAUUCUUUAACUCGUGAGAACAGUUUUUAUGAAUAAGGGCCUCCUAUGUCACUUCCACAUAAGGUACGGCACAAUCUGUGUGUUCCAUUCUACUGUGUGAACUAUGCGUAACAUACUUGUCAUUUGUGUUCAUUGCUUCUACGCUAUAUAUAAUUUUGUGUUUUACAUUUUUAUUUUGUGCUGCUUUUUUGUUUUAUUUUAGGAGAAGUUAUGUCUGCCCCAUCACAUACUUGAAGAGAAAGGCUUGGUUAAAGUGAGCAUAACCGUCCAAGCGCUGAUAGAUGUGUCCACGAC